AUGAGUAUUAAAGGAAAAGUCAUUCUGUCAAUGCUGGUGACCUCCACUGUAACUGUUGUCUUCUGGGAACGCGACAGCCAUGAAGACUCUUUCUUAGGGUGCUGUCACUCAAAGAACCCUGAAGUUGGUGGCAGCAGCGCUCAUCAGGGCUGGUGGUUUCCAAGCCCUGUCAAGUUCUAA